AUGGGUCGGCGGAAGUUACCAGAUAGGCCGCCUAAUGGGAUUGGUGCUGGACAGCGACCUAGUGUGAGACCCAGGCAGUUGAAUUCGAAUGAGACAUAUUGCAUGUUGACUAGGCCGUUCAAGGUACCGUUUAAAGUGGACAAGUCGUCGAAACAUGGGGAGCGGUAUGGGGUAAGGUCAACGCGGAGAGCAGUUACGAGCUAUAGUGGGCUGGAAGUGGAUAUGGAGUCAGAGGGACGGGGGCCAGUGAAGAGGGUUGAUGCGUUGUCGGCUAUACGGCUGUUGAAGGAGUCCUCUCGACUGGAGCACAUAGAGAGCACAUUACGAAGAUCAUUUACGGUACCAAUCAAGGGAUAUGUGCAAAGACAUAACAUACCGCUGACGUUGGGUACCAAGCUGAAAGUCACUCCUCCUCCGCGACCCUUGCAUGAUCCCACAGAGGAGUUUGCAAUCGUUUUGUAUGACCCCACGGUGGAUGGUGAGCUUCCGGAUGAGGUGCUCCGAGAUGAUUGUGAAGGCGCCAAGGAGAAUGUGGCCGGCAGCAGCAACAACGGAAGCAAACAGGGUGUAACUGGAGGUGAUGAAUCCGGGACUAGGCCUGCGAAAAGGACUUCGACACAUCCCGAAAUGCUUUCAAAUGGUGUGCGGAAUAAAAGUUUAAGAGAGCUAUUGGGGUUAACAAACACUGGUGGGAACAAGAAAUUUCCGAGCGUUCCUGUGGUUAUCGAUCCAAAACUGGCCCAGGUAUUACGGCCGCACCAGGUAGAAGGAGUCAGGUUUUUGUAUCGGUGUGUGACGGGCCUGGUGAUGAAAGAUUUCUUGGAUACCCAGGCUGUGUUGAAACCGCUAUCGGAGAGCGGAGCUCGUGCCUUAGAGAUCGGCAAAAAUAAUCUAGAAGAAGAAGAAGACUCUGUAAGAAUGUUAACCUCUUCGCCUCCUGCCUUAGAAGAGGAAGCGGAGGCAGUAUGCGAUAAGGCAGCAUUAGUUGCAAAAGCGGCACCAAUGUUAGAAGGGAAUCGCGGCGCAUACGGUUGUAUCAUGGCUGAUGAAAUGGGGUUGGGUAAGACUUUGCAGUGCAUUUCCUUGCUGUGGACUUUGCUUAGGCAAGGUUCACAAGGGAGACCUACGAUUGACAAGUGUAUUAUAGUUUGUCCCUCAUCAUUGGUUAAUAAUUGGGCCAAUGAGAUUGUCAAAUGGCUAGGUCCCAAUUCGUUAUCACCAUUGGCGAUCGAUGGCAAAAAAAGUUCUUUACCAAAUGGAUCUGUUUCUCAGUCUAUAAAACAAUGGGCCCUCUCCCAAGGUCGCAAUAUCGUGAAACCGGUACUUAUAAUUUCUUAUGAGACCUUGAGGCGAAAUGUUGACCUGCUAAAGCAUUCCAAAGUUGGCCUUAUGCUAGCCGACGAGGGACAUCGCUUGAAGAAUGGCGAAUCUCUUACGUUUACAUCUCUAGAUUCCAUCAACUGCUCCAGAAGAGUUAUAUUAUCUGGUACGCCCAUCCAGAAUGAUUUAUCCGAAUAUUUUGCAUUGUUGAGUUUUAGUAACCCAGGUCUGCUGGGUACUAGAAGCCAAUUUAGGAAAAAUUUCGAACUUCCAAUCUUACGUGGUCGCGAUGCUGAUGCUACUGACAAGGAGAUCGAGGAAGGACAGCUCAAGUUGCAACAGUUAUCGCAGAUUGUAUCCAAGUUCAUCAUCAGACGCACCAAUGAUAUCUUAUCCAAAUACUUACCAUGUAAAUACGAACAUGUCAUAUUCGUCAACCUGUCACCCAUGCAGAAGUCGAUUUACCAGCACUUUGUAAAAUCUAGGGAUGUUGCCAAGCUGGUCAAGGGCACUGGCUCGCAGCCUUUGAAGGCUAUUGGAUUAUUGAAGAAAUUGUGUAACCAUCCUGAUUUAUUACAACUGCCCGAGGAUAUCGAGGGCUGUGACCACUUAAUCCCAGAAGACUACCGUAGCUCUAUGGCACAGCAUAAUCGUAGCGGCUUUCGUGGCCACACUGCCAUCCAGACUUGUUAUUCGGGCAAGUUCUCUAUCUUGGAACGAUUCUUGUACAAGAUCAGAACGGAAUCAAAUGACAAAAUUGUACUCAUUUCUAAUUAUACACAGACAUUGGAUUUAAUUGAGAUGAUGUGCCGCUACAAUCACUAUGGAGUCUUAAGGCUAGAUGGUACCAUGUCAAUUAACAAAAGGCAGAAACUUGUAGACAGGUUUAACAAUCCAGACGGAGAUGAAUUCAUUUUCCUACUAAGCUCUAAAGCAGGGGGAUGCGGAAUUAAUCUAAUCGGUGCUAAUAGGUUGAUUCUAGUCGAUCCAGACUGGAAUCCUGCAGCUGAUCAACAAGCAUUGGCCCGUGUUUGGAGAGAUGGGCAGAAAAAGGACUGCUUUAUUUAUAGAUUUAUUAGUACCGGCACAAUAGAGGAAAAAAUUUACCAGAGACAAUCAAUGAAAAUGAGUUUAAGUUCAUGUGUUGUUGAUGAGAAGGAAGAUGUUGAAAGGCUGUUUAGCUCUGAUAAUUUGAGACAAUUGUUCCAGUUUGACUCAGUAACUGCUUGCGAUACUCAUACAACCUUUAAUUGCAAAAGAUGCAAAAAUGGGAAGCAAAUGGUAAGAGCUCAGGCCAUGCUAUAUGGUGAUGCCACUACUUGGAACCAUCUCCACCAUGGCGCCUUAGCAAAAACAAAUGAUCAUUUAUUGAAGAAUGAAUACCAAUUUGAUGAUAUCAGUUACGUCUUCCAGUAUAUAUCUCACUAA